AUGACUACCCAAGAACAGGAUUUAUCCGCGUUACAAUUACCGGACGAUACCGGACUGACCAAGUCCCAGAAGGUCGCCGUAGUGGCAGCAUGGAGCAUCGUAAAACAGGACAUGAUAACGCAUGGGCGCAACAUAUUUAUACGUUUCUUCGAAGAACAUCCCAAGUAUGUCAGCUACUUUGAUUUUUCACAGGACACUGAGGCAAUCGAGCUGAAAGACAACAAGUCGCUGCAUGCGCACGCUCUGAAUGUAAUGCAACUAAUCGGGUCACUGAUCGACUAUGGGCUCGAAAACCCAGUCAUGUUCAAAUGUACCCUUGCUAAAAUGGCGAGGAAUCAUAAAAUGCGUGGCAUCAUCAAAAAAGACAUGGAGAUUGUUUGUGAAGUUAUCAAGGACUACUGCCUCGAGGCAUUGGCAAGUCAUCGCUCAAAAACUUUAGAUGAAGGAUUGGUCGCAUUCCUAGAAAGUGUUGUCAAUUCAUUUGAAACCUAGUUUUAUAGAUAUACAUGCUAGAUGUUUGUA